GCUGCAGGCUUGGACCCGGCUGGCGCAUGCCUGUCUCCGGCCGGACUGUGAGGCGGGAGGCUGCGGGCGCGCAGCGGCGGAGAGCCGGGGUAGCCGGAGAGCAGCCGGGAGCCCCGUGGGGAGGCUGGACAGCCCGGGCUCCGCCGAGGGCGCUGCCCCGCAGCCGUCGGGCGUUAUGGCAUCGCUGGCCGACCGGGUCCGGGGCAACGGGCGCAUCGCCGCCGGGCUCCUGUUCAACCUGCUGGUGUCCAUCUGCAUCGUGUUCCUCAACAAAUGGAUCUAUGUACACCACGGCUUCCCCAACAUGAGCCUGACCCUCGUGCACUUCGUGGUCACCUGGCUGGGCUUGUACGUCUGCCAGAAACUGGACAUCUUUGCCCCCAAGAGUCUGCCGCUCUCCAAGCUCCUCCUCCUGGCCCUCAGCUUCUGUGGCUUUGUGGUCUUCACCAACCUUUCUCUGCAGAACAACACCAUAGGCACCUAUCAGCUGGCCAAGGCCAUGACGACGCCGGUGAUCAUAGCCAUCCAGACCUUCUGGUACCAGAAACGAUUCUCCAUCAGAAUACAGCUCACGCUGAUUCCUAUUACUGUAGGUGUAAUCCUAAAUUCUUAUUACGAUGUGAAGUUUCAUUCCCUUGGAAUGGUGUUUGCCGCUCUUGGUGUGGUAGUCACAUCCCUUUAUCAAGUGUGGGUCGGAGCCAAGCAGCAUGAACUGCAGGUGAACUCCAUGCAGCUGCUUUACUACCAGGCCCCCAUGUCUUCGGCCAUGCUGCUGGUGGCUGUGCCCUGCUUUGAGCCAGUGUUUGCAGAGGGAGGAAUAUUUGGUCCCUGGUCAGUUUCUGCUUUGCUUAUGGUGCUGCUGUCUGGAGUAAUCGCUUUCAUGGUGAACUUAUCGAUUUACUGGAUCAUUGGGAACACAUCACCAGUCACCUACAACAUGUUCGGACAUUUCAAGUUCUGCAUCACCCUGUGUGGAGGCUACAUCUUAUUUAAAGAUCCACUGUCGGUAAACCAAGGGCUCGGCAUCCUAUGCACACUGUUUGGUAUCCUCGCCUAUACCCACUUUAAACUCAGCGAACAGGAAGGCAGUAAGAGUAAGCUGGUCCAGCGGCCCUGAGCUUUGACAGAGAAGAGAAAAUGGCACCAAAAGAAGGAGAAACAGCAGUGCGUGGAAAAGCUCCCUGCAGAAUUCAGUCAUUGAUGUACAAGAAGUAUUUUCUUCACAGAUAAUGAGUUUUUAGUACCUUUUAUAGAUUUAAUUUUUUUUUUAAACCAAAAUGGUUCAGGCUUAUCUUUAAAGGCUUUAUGAACCUGGAGCUGACACUCAGUGGUCGAGUGUUUGCCUCACACGCAUGAGACCCUGGCCUCAAACCCCAGCACCGUCAAGGAAAUGCUCAAGUACAGGAAAGCUCAGUUCCCCUGGAAUGACGUGGACGCUCCAGUGCUGCAGCUGUGCUGUGGCAGUCGGUGUCCGUGACCUCCCGGGGAAGGGCACGCCAAACUACCGCUGCCUCACCCAUGCCUUCCCAUCGGGAAGUUCUUCGUCCUUCAGACAGGGUAGUGGUCAUACUUGUUUUGAGACUGGAUCUCACUGUGUCGCCCUGACUGGUCUGGAAUUCCCUACACAGACCAAACUGGCUUUUAACUCUACCACUACGUCUAGCCUCUAGCUUCUUUAUUAUUUCAGCCUAGAACUGAAAUAUUUAUAGAAAGCAAGCUGUCAUGGACAUGAUCAUAAAACAAGCUACGACUCUGAAAGUGUCACCUUUUCAGUAGAAAACUGCUAGAAGCCGCCCUUCCCUCUUAGACGGGGCAGGGUGGGGCUGGCUUGAGCCCAGAGCCAGCUCCACAGUGCAGUCUGCCUGCGCGAGAGUGAGUGUUUCCUGGCGGGAAGAACAGUGUUGGUAGGUGGGUGCCUGCCUUGCACCCUCACGCAGGUCCCUUCUUGUCCCUGUAACUGCCUCCCCAGCUUGCUCAAUCAUUUCAUUUUAGGGAUCCCUGAUACGGCCUCUCCCUCCCUCCCAAUGCUCCUUCUGUCCACCAAAGCAGUGGGUGGGGCACAUUGUAUGUCGUUGGGAACUGGACUGAAUUAGCAAAAGCUAUCCAAAUUCUGGGCACAAACUUGGUGAAAAAUAGAGACAUGAAAGAGAAGUAGAAAACUAGCUAAUACCUAGCUAGUUGUGGGAGGGUUAGAGGAAUUGAGAAUAUGUUUAAUUGAGAUGCAGACAGAAUACGGGGGACUCCAGCCAAUAGAGCGCUGGGUAUUUAAUUGCAAAAGUGUGUGUCUGCCUUCAAGUAUCUUGACGUUUCGCCAUUGAUAACCUCAGAAGAGUCGGAUCACUUGGAAUAAUAACGUUUUCUAAACAUACACUUUCUGUGAGAAAACAGCUUAAGACAAAGAUUCAUCUUGUGACAACAAAUUUAAUUUCAAAUUUUCUCUUUCACAGAAAGAAGUAGCUUUUAAUAUAUUAGGGUUUUUUUGUUUUGUUUUUGUUUUGUUUUGUUUUUGUAGUGAUAGUUUUUAGGGUUUUUUUUAACCAAAUAAAAAAGCCUGGGUUGUAUCCCCAGCACUGCCAAAACAAAACCUCUUUGAGUAAUCAGGAAACAGGCUGGCAAGAGAGACACUCCUAUACCCUGGGAUUUGGGCAGCUGAGUGGGCCUAAAGUCCCUUGGCCAUGAAGACCACACAGACUUCCAGGGCAGCCUGAAUUACAUACUGAGACCCAAUUAAGGGGGAAGGAAAUGUGCCUGGUUUAGGAUCUUUUUCCUGGCCCAUUUAAAGUACAAAGCCUCAUUAAAUGUGUACUUUUGGAGAA